AUGGAUAAAAGAAAGUUAAAAUUCGGAGGAGGAUUACACAAAAAUUUAAUAGGCAGUCAAGUAUCAUCAGGAAAUAAUACUUCUCAAGUUAAAUCACCGAAUGAAGAGUUGACAAGAAAUACGACUACAUUAUUAGCUAGUAAAAUUUCCUCAACUCAAAAUAAAUCAUUUACAAAUAAAAAUGAAAUACUCAAACAAGAAAAUACAAAAAUUAAACACAUAAAAUUAAUGAAUGAAAAAACGUUAUCACAUAAACGCAAAUUGUCAAGUCUCAAUAUAUCAAAUUAUGACAGUGAUGAAGAUUUGGGUCUUCCUUUGGCAGAAUCUACAAUUGUAAAGAAAAGACGAGAUAAUACUGACAUUAUACAAAAUAAAUAUGAAAUGAACAGUCAUAAAAGUAAUUCAACCAGUUCAUCAACUGUUUCAAAAGUAUCAGAAGAAAAUAUGAUUUCUAUCAUAAAGUGUAAAUUUGUUGAAUUUCUAUACGAAUCAGGCAUUAAAUUAAAUACAGUUGCACCACAUAUACUUGACUCCAUUGAAUCAGUACCUUGGACUUUACCAUUACUGCAACAAUUUCGUUUCUUGGAUGUUGUAACAAAUUCUGAUACUUUAACUAGUACUUUAGAACCACUUUUGGAAUCAUGUCCAUCAUGGUUUCAAAGUGAAUUAAUUUUGGUUUUGCCUGAUAUUGUAACUGAUAAACAACACCAAACUGUUGCUGAAAUUUUAAAUAAAGUCCUGGAAGAGAAUUCUGAAUUAAUAGGUUUAAUAUUAAAUUGUAUGAGUAAUUUAAACCUUAGGAAAGAAUAUUUGGAUGAAUAUAAGGAGAAAACAUUAAAUUUGCUAAAAACAAAUGUUAAAGUGAAUGCAAUUUCAGCUAUUGUAAAAUUUCUUUUAGAAGAUUGUUCAAAUACAGAAAUGUUUGGAAAAACAUUAAGAGUGUUACGCAAUACUGACAUACAACCCCUUGUGGGAGAAAAAACUGAAGAGUGUUAUCAAAGUCAAUUGAAUAUAGUAAAUACUUUAAAAAUGAAUAUGCUUCUUUCAAAAAAUGUAGUAAAUGCAUCUAUAACAGUUAUAAAAGAUAUUAAAGAGCCAAAACCAUUAGACAUCAUUCUUCUGCUUCUUAUAGUAACAACAGCAGAGAUGAAAAGGAAAACUGUUGAAACUAUAUUUAAACAACACAUACGAUCUGGAUUUUAUAGGACAAGUUUAUUAAGUUUAUUAUAUAAUGACUAUAAACAGGUCAUGCAAGAGUUUCAAUCAUCUGCAUUGCAUAUAUCAAGCAAUUUAUUAAAAACAGAUGAGCGUGUAUUUAUUGAUUUCUCCGUUGAUUGGUUGCGUUUACAAUUUAAGUGUCAUAAAGAAAAUGUGUUUAAACAACGUGAGAUUCUAGAAAAAAUCAUAUUCCUUAUGGGUGAUAGUGACCAAACAAUUAGAAAUGCUUUAGCAUUUCUUUGUAAAAUGGUAACAGAAGAAGAAGAUAGACAAUGUUUAGUACCACACUGUCAUCAUCUUCGUAUUCUGCUUGAAAAGAUGGAUAACUUGAAUUUAGAAGAAGUUGGCAUAUUGAAUGAUUUAUUACAGCAUUUAUGUAUAAAUUCCAAUUCUAUAGCUGAUUCUUUGCGUGAUGACUUAUUCAUACUGUUACAGAAACAAUUAUCCAAUUUUAAACCACUUGUAAAAUGCAAAGGUGUUUUAGGAGCAGUUAUGGCCAUAAAACAUUUAAUGCAGAAAACAGAAUCAUCUGAUGCAGCUUAUAAUUUAUUUAAGACAGUAUUAAAUAAUGUAAAAACUUGUCCAGGAUCACAAUCUUUAUUUUAUGAUCAGUUAACAUGUAUCAUUUCACAAACUGAAGAUAUUAAUACAGAAUUUAUACAAAAUCUCGCAAAUUACAUUGAGGAAGAAUUUGUUAACACAAAUAUGAUUAAUAAAGCAAGUUAUAGUGGAGAACUAGUUCCUAAAUUUGGAUUAAAUAAGGCAAAAGAUGAACCACAAAAUUGUGUUUUAAACUUUGAAAACAAAAAGCUUGGAGCAAUUGUGCCAAUUUCAUUUAAACUUCUUAGAAAUUGUUGUCUAAAGCUUAGUGAACAUGGAGAUUUGAAUGCUAUAGAUUCUCUCUUGGGAUGUGCAAUAUUAAUGCCAGACAGUUUUGAAGUAGCAGAUAAUUCAGUAAUGGAUUUAGUGAUAUGUUGCAUUAACUGGUUCCGAGAAGUAAUUAAUGGUUUUGUUACACAGAAAGAUCCUUUAUUACAAAAGCAAGUAUUACAGCGAUUAGAUAAUCUAAUAUACCUACAAAAUAAAUUGAGCAUAUUAUUUUCUUUAUGUGAUAUAAAAUAUCAACCAGUCCCAUGUUACUUUCAUCAUUUUCCCCAGCCAUCAUUUACGAGAAUUGAAAAAAAAAGUGGCAAAAAAGGGAAAAAAGGAAAAAAGAAAUCUAAAGAAAAAUCUAUUAGUUUUAAUGAAAGUGAAGACUUGGAAUUAGGUUCCUUAAUAUGUUCUAAAAAUCCAACUUAUUUUAGGAAAUUGGAUGCAAUGAUAGUACAUUUGUUAGAUGUACAAAUGCAAGUAGAUGCAUCACAAUCUACAAACCACAGUAUAUCUGUAAAACAAGUAUGUUUCAUCAUUCAAGAACUCUUAGGAAUCCUUGAGCAUGACACUAACGAAAAAUUUAUAAAAGAUUUAAUUGAAUUAUUACCUAAAAUUUGUUCAAAACUGCGUGAUGUUGUGGAUUCUUUGAGAGAAGAGAGUGACAAUAAAAAUAAAGAAGAGGGUUUGCGAACUUUAGCAAGUCAAGUAGACAGAAGUAAUAUUGCACUAAGAUCUUGCAAAGAACUUGUUGCAGAAUCUUGCAAAUAUUUUGAGUCUUUAUCUGAUAUUGCUACACAAAUAUCAUUUGCUGUUUCAUUAAUUACAAUGUGCCAAUCGUUAAUGAAACAUUCUGAAACUUACACAAAACAAAAUAAAGAAAAAUAUGCAAAACUAGCAUUUGGAUUCUUAUGUCUUCAAUGGCCAGAAGAUAAUCAUUUUAGUCCUCAGUAUAAAAUAGCUGUAGCUCAACUACUAAAUAGUUGGAUUGAUAAUGAACCAUUACCAUUACAAAUGGUUACUGAAAAGUUGGAAUGGUUAUCAGAUGAAAUUUCGAAGUUGGAAAGGCCUCAUGAUUGUUUAAGUAGAAUACCAUCAAUAACAAGAAGUAAUUUUCAUUUAUUAUUUAAGAAAGUAUUUGAUGGUCUGAUUAAUGGUAUAAAAAUAGCAUUACCAAUAGCUAACAAAGAUCCUGAUAGAAUAAAACUGUGGCAUAAAGUUGCCACAAAUGUUCAAACGUUAGUCCAAAUAUGUAAAACCUUAACAACGAAAAAUAAUGUAUUGAUCUUUUUCAAAAAUAUGCCCAUGAUAUUGAAAUUAUUUUUAAAUCUUGGAAUGCCAAUUCUGGAACAUAAUUUGAAGUAUCAACCAGAAGAUGUAACAAAAAUAUUAAAGAUGAUGCAAGGAGGCACUCGAUAUCUGCACACAAUAUGUUGUGAUACUGCAGAAAAGAAAGAUCUUACAUUAACAAAAUACAUACCUGCAGCAAAAUCUAUAUUAGAAAGAUUAAUUUAUAGUGUAAAAGGAAUGCUUGUACUUAAUAAUAGUCCUACUGCUUUUUGGAUGGGUAAUCUUGUUAAUAAAAAUUUAGAAGGUCAAGAAAUUCUUUCACAGAAUUUAUCAUCAGAAGAAAGUACUUUACCAAAUUCUGAUGUUACUGAUGAUAUACCUAAUGUAUCAUCAGAAAUAUUAGAAAGCGAUUCCAGUGAUGAUCUUGCUGAAGAAGAUAAUGUCUUAUGA